AUGGCAGGGUUCCUCCUCGGCGCUGGGUCCGGCGUGCUCGCCGGCGCGGCAGUGUACUACACCAUUUCGACGACGAUGGCCCACAGUACCGACCAGAUCCGCCGGGACCUCUACACUUCGGCGGCUCUUCUCGAGCGGAGCUUCGACGAGGCCCCGGGUCCUGCACCCUCGAGCUUUGUUGGGCCACGCGCCGGACCGCCCCCCUUCUCCGAGCUUCUCAAGCAGCGGUGGAACGCUGCGCUAGGCGGCGCGUACGCGCACGCGCGCGAGACGGACUGGAUCGCUCUGGGCGGAGAAGCGGUCGAUGGCGUGCGUGGCCAGAUUUCCAAGCUGUCCGCCGCGGCGGACGAGACGGUCGCCGACGCUGUUGAGGGACGCGCAGUGGAGGCGAUCGCGGCCGUUGACGGAGCAGCGAACGCAGCUGCCUCCAACUUCGAAAAGGCCAUUGAGCCUGUCAUGGGGCGGAAUGGCGACAACGUGCACGUUGACCGUGGACUGAAGGCGUCAGAGCGCGGCAUCAAGAGCCCUAAGCGCCUCGUCUAG